AUGUACUUUAACAAAUUGAAUAACAUAGAAACUAAUGAACCCAGCAUACGUAAGGUUUAUUAAACCUCAAUACAAGACUGUUGUUUAUAAUUAUAAUAAAGUAUAGAUGUAAUAUCAUAAAUUGAUAUUUAUAGUCUUCAUAUAAAAGAAUUGAUGAUUUGCUUGAUUAGAUUAUUUAUGAUACUGAAUAGUAACUUAAUUAAAGAUUUUAAUCAUCGUAUGAUUUUUAACACAAUAUUUCAUUACCUUGUUUUUCGACUUAAGUAAUUCACAAUUAAUAAUUUGGUCAUUAACUUAGUGAUUAAGUAACAUCUUUAAUCAAAAUGUCUAUGAACCAUCAUCUAAAGAAAUAAUAGGAAUGUCUUAAUUAAGAAAUGUAAAAAUAAAUCUAAUAACUAUAAUCCGAAAAAUAAUAACCAAUUCUCUAACCUUCUCUUGAAUUAAUCUUAAAUCCAAUCAAUUAUUAAUUGUUACAUGAAAAUUCUAUUAAAGUGAUAGAUAAAUGUCGUGCAAUAGCUAUCAAUUAAGAUUGUUCAAUGGUGAUUGUUGGUUGUGGUAAAGUAAUCAAAUUAUUUGAAUUCAAAUAAGAAGUAUUGAAAUAAACUUAAGUUUUAAAUGAACAUUAGAAUAAUGUGUUUGCUUUAAACUUUAUGAAGAAUUCUAAAGAAUUUAUAUCUGGUAGUUAUGAUUCGUAAAUUAUUAUAUGGUCUAUGGAUGAAAAAAAUUAAUGGGUUUGUAAAUAAAAAUUAAAUGAUCAUAAUGGUUGGAUACUUUGUCUAAUAUUGAAUAAUAAUGAAGAUAUUAUCAUUUCAGGUGGUUAAGAUAAAACUAUUAAAUUCUGGAUUAAAUAGAAUUAAUGGUUAUGUUUAUAAACUAUUACAGACCAUACUUCUCAUGUAUUUGGAUUAAGCUUGAAUAAAUAAUAGAAUAAAGUAAUUUCAUGUGGAUGUGAUGAUUAAAUAUUAAUAAUUGAACAAUCUUAAUAGGAUUUUAAAUGGAUUGUUGUAUAAAAAAUAAAGGUAUAGAAAUAUGGUUGUAGAAUAUGCUUUAUAAAUGACAAUGUAUUCAUUUUUUAACCAUAUAGUGGUCAAUAAUUGCAUGUUUAUGAACUGAAUACUAUUAAUAAAUAGUAUUCAAAGAUAAAAGAUAUAGAUGUUAAAAGUGGAGCUGAUUAUUGGUUUUUUCCUAUUUAAUAUAUAAAAUCAAAAUGUCUAAUUGUAAAUAAGAAUGGCAAUUAUGUGAAUUUGAUAAGGAAAAUAAGUAAUGGCGAAUUUAGAAUAGAAUAGUAAAUUGAAUUUGGACAUUUAGAUUUAUUUGGAUGUAUGAGUGAUGAUGGAUAGUAUUUAAUUACUUGGGAUUAAGGUUCAAAAGAAAUUUAAAUUAGAAAAUACAAUCAAAUAUGA